AAAAUAGAAGCUUCCAAUUUAAAUUUCCAUAAAAAUUCACAACUCCAUUUUUUCACUCUGUGAGUGAGUGAGUUUCAUCAACAAUGGCGGGUAAUGCGGGCGGGUUUGAGGAUGACCCGCUAGUUCCCGGGUCUUAUUCGGAGCUACUAUUCGGGGAUGAUAUAUCGGGUCUUGAGACAAAUGGGAUUUUCGGUUUUACAAAUGAUGACGCUGAUAAUGAUGAGAAAAACAUUAGUACUCCGAAGAUGCUCUGUUUUGGUGACUAUGCGAAGCAGUCUACUGUGAAAAUGGCGGCGGAAAGUUCCAAGAAAACGGGUCGGAAUAUCCGACCCGCAUGCAAGGACAGCCCAUUGACCAUUUCCAGUAAGAAGAGAAACGGGUCGGGUAAUCAGAAUGCCGGAUCUAAUUCUGGAGCCCCGACAGCAAGCCAGAAGAACAGUAAGAAGCAAAAGUCAGAUAGCUCUAACGUCAGUGGCCAUGCAAAGACAGAUACAGCUUCUGUUCUUCAUGAAGCAUCAGGCUAUAUCAGAUUUUUGCACGAUCAAGUCCAAGUUUUAUGUUCUCCGUAUUUGCAACGUUUGCCGACCACUAUGGAGGAGCCUCCUCAUCCUGAAAACGGAGAUCUCAAGGAGUGGGAAAUGAAAAAGAAAUUAAGUAAUUUGAGAAGCCGAGGACUGUGCCUUGUCCCCAUAGAGCUAACACUAAACGUGGCAGAAGAAUCUAAUGGUGCCGAUUUGUGGUCAUCGGUCGACAGGGUUUUAACUGGCUGAGCCGUUCAGUUGAUGACUUCCCAAAGUGUGUGCAAAUAUUUUGAUGAUCGGCAAUUUUGUGGUUUGUGGGUGGCAGAAAGUUUGUAUUGUGGGAGGAACUGAAAGCCAAAAGGACAAGGAAAGUGAAAAGAAAUGGUAAAUAUUAGGUGUGUGCAGGAUAUGGAAAUGGAACCGCUGUUUGGUCUUAAGUGAUUUUGGUUCUUGGCUUAUGUAAUGUUUUGUAGAGAAUGGGCAGAAAAUGGUAUUAGGGCUACAGCAGGAAUGAUAAGUAGGCAUAAUGUAUGUCUGGUUAAAUCGUGGAAUAGUGUUAAAAUUGAUGUUUUUGUGUAUUUUGGUUAUUGAUGUUUGAGGUUUCAUUUGUUCCCUCCAAGACAGUGAACUGAUAAAUUUUUUCACAGGAAAUUGGUGCAGAACUUUAGAACUAUAAAAAG